AUGGAGCGGUACAAGGAACUCAAAGAGCUGGCCAGGAAAAAGGGAGCUGUUCUAAACCAAAGUGCAGAGAAGCUGCACUGGGAGGUAAAAGCCGACUGCGAGAAGCUCCAGUUUGACCUGAGGAGGAAAAGUGAGAUACAGGCAAAUAUUAAACACUCUCAGACUCGGUUGGAAGAUUUCAGCAGAAGGGCAGAGAAGCUGGAGGAAUUUGUCAACACUACUAGGAAAGCUAUUGAGGAGCAGCGGCAGCAGGAGGAGCAGCUGGCAGAGGAGCUGGUGAGGGGCAAGGUGCGAAUGGAGGAGGUGAAUGAGGAGCUUGCCCAGGUGCUGACCAAGCUGCAGAACGCUCGUCUGGACAGCCAAGAGAACCGACGACAGCAGAGACGCGAUGAGGUCCUGGAAAGCCUCAGGAGACUCUAUCCUGAUACAGUGUAUGGCCGUCUAGUGGAUUUGUGCCAGCCCAUCCACAAGAAAUACCAGGUCGCUGUCACCAAGGUGUUUGGCAAGAACAUGAAUGCUAUUGUUGUCACUUCUGCGAAAGUGGCUCAUGACUGCAUCCGAUUUCUGAAAGAAGAAAGAGCUGAACCAGAGACAUUCCUUCCUAUUGACUAUAUAGAUGUGCGGCCUCUGAAUGAGCGUCUGAGGGAAGUGCAGGGAGCCAAGUUGGUGGUGGAUGUGGUUCAGUGCGCUCAAAAUGCUCCUCAGCUUAAGAGGGUGAUCCAAUAUGUGUGUGGGAACUCCUUGGUUUGCGAGACUCUGAAAGAUGCCCGUCGCAUUGCCUUUGACGGCCCUGAGCGCCUUCAGACGGUGGCUCUUGAUGGCACCUUGUUUCGCAAGUCUGGGGUGAUUUCAGGAGGCUCCUUGGACCUGCGCAGUAAAGCUCGACGCUGGGAGGAGAAGGAUAUGAACAAACUGAAGGAGGAGAAGGAUCAGUUGUCGUCCGAGUUGCGUGCCCUGAUGAAGCUGAAGCGUAAGGAAGUGGAUCUAAAACAGAUCAGGGCUCAGUCUCAGGGAAACCAGACUCGCCUCAAAUACUCCAACUCAGAACUGGACUCCAUACGCAAGAAGAGCAUCCCAGCUUGUCAGGCUGAGAUUUCCAAACUCAGAAGUGAGCUCUCCAACCUCGAGGCCCAGAUUGAGAUACAGACUGAGAGUGUAGAACUAAAGGAUAAUGAGAUGAAGGCCGUCAGAGACAAAAUUAAUCAGUUGGAGGAUGUUGUGUUUGCGGACUUCUGCGCAGAGAUUGGUGUGGCCAACAUCCGUGAGUAUGAGCAGGAUUAUCUCCGAAUGCAGCAGGAGCUCGAGAAGAAGCGCCUGCAGUUUGAGUCCCAGCAUACCCGUCUAAGUAUCCAGAUAGAGUACGAACAGGCUCAGCUGGAGAAACUUGUCAAACAGAUGAAGAAGAUAAAAGAGACCAUAGGAAAAGAGGAGGACGUUGUUAUCAGUUUGAAAGAGGUGGAAGACAGACUUUUGAUAGCUGUGGAGGAGACGCAAUCAAAUCUCAUCGAGCUGAACAACCAGCUGUCCGAAAAGACAACUUUAGUUAAAGAUGCCAAGACAGAGCUUGACAAGACUCUUAAAGGCCUCCAGGAGAAAUCCAAGGUGCUGGUGAAGAUUCAGAAGGAAACAAUCUGCUCUGAGGCGGCUCUGGAACAGCUGAGACUGAGCAAACACAACCUGCUGCUGGUCUGUAAGAUAGACGGCCUCCCGUUGACACUGAUCUCUGGAGCACUAGAUGAUAUCAGUGACAUACAGCUGGACUCGGAGUCUCAGAGCAUCAGCACUCUGGACAUUUAUGAACGAGAGGCGCAGAUGGUGUUUGAUUAUUCAACACUGGACAGUGGCCUUAAGGCCAUCACUGAAGAGAGUGAAGUGGAAGCUGAGUUGGAGAAACUCAAAGAGGGCGUCUCCUCUUUGGAGUCCAUGAUCAUGAUGUCCAGAGCUCCCAACCUGAAAGCUCUAGAGAAGAUCAGAGAGGUGAAGGACAGCUUUCGGGAAGUCAUGGAUGCAUUUGAGACCAGCACACACACCACUAAGAAAUGCAGUCAGGAGUUUGAGCAAGUGAAGUCCAAACGCUUCCAUCUCUUCAGCCAGUGCUUUGAACACAUGUCUGUUGUCAUCGACCAGAUCUACAAGAAACUCUGCAGGAACACCAGCGCUCAGGCUAUUCUAAGUGCUGAGAAUCCAAAUGAGCCCUACCUGGAUGGCAUCAACUAUAACUGUGUGGCUCCUGGGAAACGUUUCAUGGCCAUGGACAACCUGUCAGGAGGAGAGAAGGCCAUCGCCGCUCUCGCUUUGGUCUUUGCCAUUCACAGCUUUCGUCCUGCCCCGUUUUUUGUGCUGGAUGAGGUGGAUGCCGCCCUGGACAACACAAAUAUUGGCAAGGUUACAGGAUUUUUCCGGAUGAUGUCCAGAGAGAGCUGCCAGAUCAUUGUGAUCUCCCUGAAGGAGGAGUUCUACUCGCGGGCUGACGCUCUUCUUGGAGUCUAUUCAAUGUUUGAUGAGUGCAUGUUUAGCCGCCUGCUCACCCUGGACCUCACACCAUACCCACUCAAUGAGGAGAACGCCACAGACAGAGAGAAGGACAAAUAAUGGGUG